GAGCCGGUCCCCGCAGCGCCCCGGGAUGAACGCGGUGGGUCUGCCGAUUCAGCCGACCGGGCGGUUAAUUCCCCACGGUGCCCAGAGCUGGUCGCCUCGAGUAUGGGAAGCCUUGACAGUGACUGUAAUCGCGGUCAGCGUAACGUCCUGGAUAUAUUUUCGGAAAAGAAGUUCUGACAGGUCGGUCUCUGUGUGGAGGAGUAAUCUGGUCGUGGAGAUAUUACUGCAGGUGGCGAUACUUUCAGGAGCAAUGCUCAUCUCCUACUGGAACACGGCAAACCUAGAGUUGUUUCUGUUGAAGGGGCUGGACCAUCCCAUCGUGGCCCUGGUGGGUGAAAGCGCUGUAUUGAACUGCUCGGUCACAUUCCGCCUCCAGGACAGGGGGCUGGGGGUCGAGUGGAGGAACCUGAGGACUCGAGCUGUGGUCCUGGCCUGCGACGAUCAGGGGGGGCCUUGCCAGUCCUUCCGGAACGGGACACACCUCCUUGGUGACCAGCUGGAGGAUGGAAACGUGUCGAUCAGACUAGAGGGGGUCCAGGCCUCCGACGCAGGGAUGUACCAGUGCACCGUCUUCUCUGGGACCCACUCCAGCUACGUGUCAAUGCAUCUAAAGGUUGUGGCCCUUGGCACGAAGCCCACCUUAUCUGCAGAGCAGUUCAACGAGACCUCCUUCCUGUACACAUGCCGGACAGAAGGCUGGUUCCCCGAACCCGCCCUCAUCUGGAAGAACAGUGAGGGGAAGAACCUGUUGCCACUGUCAAAGGUAACCAAGACAACAGGAGAGGAAGGCCUGUACAAGUUGGAGAUCCAGCACUGGACAGCCCAGGUUGUCCCACCGUCUGUCACUUGCAUCAUCCACAACAGGGUGAAUAACAUCAAGAAGGUGUCAACUGCAUGUACCAGAGAACUGCUUCCACACACUCAGUUCUACAUUGGCGAAACUGAAUGGAAACACAUCCAAAGUUUCUCAGUUUCCCAGAGUCUGGACACGGACACAGCCAAUCUACACUUUGGCCGCUCAAAUCACCUCACCAGCAUGGCGGUGGGCUCCCUGCCAGCACUGGCCUCUGGACCGCUUUACAGCCUGCAGCUCAGCCCCUGUGCCCUCUCCUCCCGUGCUAUUUCCUCAGAUCGGGCCUACUGGGAGGUGGAGGUGGGUAGGAGCCAGGAAUGGCACCUGGGCCUGCUGGGACAGAGGGACAAUGACAAAGCCUGGGGAGAGGGAUCAACCUGGGUACGGACCCUGUCCCGGCUCAACAAGACGGUGUAUGGGGUGACAGGCUCCCCAGGGCGGACCCUGGUGCUGGACAAUGAGCCUACAGUGGUGGGCCUGUACCUGAACCACCUGCGAGAGUACCUCUCCUUCUUUGACGCUCGCAGGCAGCUGCACCUCUGCACGUUGACAGUUGACUCCACCAAAAGGCUCCACCCCAUCUUCUGCACUCCUUCCCCCACGGCACAGGCCCAUAGCAACACUGGUAGUGACAGAGGGGUCUGA